AUGCAGUCUUCCGAUAUACUGCCCAGGACAACAGAGCUAGGAUCGCUAAUCGCUCAUUCGAACGAUGAAAGCGAAUUCGUGGGAAGCUCCAGCGGUGUCUUCUUUGUCAACACCGUACGGCAAGCCUUUGCGAAAAGCCUGGGUCCUUUAGAUAACUUCUCGUCAGGUCCUGGUUUCCCUGCAGCCGAGGAUACAAUAAUUGGUCAAGGAUCUUCGUCAUUUGGCGAGAGACAUGAUGCCGCCAGAGACGAGACAAUCAACCAAGAUUCUGAAGGUAAUGCAAGAUUGCGCAGAAAAUGGAUAUAUGACCCUGACAUCGUCAAUGUCCUGGGGGUGGCUCCCAGCCUCGAACAUGCUAGACAAUUGAUGAUGAUGUAUUUCAGAGUGUGGCAUCCAAUAUUCCCGUUUCUUCACGGCCCAUCAUUCUUACAAGAGAUGGAGGCAUUUUAUUCAAGGGAUUCUAUAAAAGGCGAUCACCAAUCAAAAACAUUACAACACCAAAGUACUUGCUGGACUACCAUUUUCCAGUGCAUCUUCAACCUCGCUAGUUUUCUGCAACCUGACAACCAACUUGCCCCAGAAUCAAGGAUUCAAAGUGCGCCCGAUGCUCCGAAAUUGGUUGGUUUGUUAUUAUACCGACAUGACAACCUAUCCCUACAGGCUCUUCUGGCAAUGCAAUUGUAUCUCAUAGCCACCAUGUCUCUUCGCAACGCAUCCCUAGUUGGUGGCUCGAUAUUACGAUCUGUGCUUCAUGUAGGUCUGCAUCGCUGUCCAUACAGAUACAAGGAACUCACAUCACAUGAUCGUCACCUGCGUAAACGUAUCUUCUGGUGUGUAUAUGCAAUUGAUCGAUAUCUGAGCCAAGCCUUGGGUCUUCCUCUUGGCAUUCAAGACUCCGAUAUCGAUGUAUGUCUUCCUGGAGCGUCUGAAGCCCAUGCACCAGGAGGGCCACACAUUCCUCAAGGAUCAUCCUCCCUUCAUGAUGGCUCUGAUGAUGCUUCAAUUUCUAGAUCCUCUGUGGACUGGACCUGCGACCAUGAAACACGCUUCAUGAGUCCAAGUUUCCGAAACACAACGCAGAAAGAUAAACCAGACUCGAAACAACAAGAACAAUUAAACAGAGAAGCCACACUCUUCAGCUACGUCAUGUACGGGAAACUCACUGGAAGGGCGUUGGAAUUAUUCCACAAAUCAGUGCAAAACCGCCAAAUCAGGCGAAGUUCCGUGCUUUAUCUCGUCUCGGACGUGCACAAAUGGUGGAAUAAUCUCCCAAGCUCUUUGCAAGGGGUUGACAACAACCAUAGGGCUGGAAACUCCGACGAGCCCACUGGAGAGCCAUUUGAUCUGAGCCCCUUCUUCUCGAUUUUAUACGAACAUUUGAUUCUCUGCAUCAACCGGCCGUGUCUUUCACUAGACCCAGCAUCACCGGAUUUCUGCUCAUCGUUGCAGACAUGCAUUGGGUCUGCUAGGAAUAUUCUAUCGUCAUUGAAAACCCAACUUGCCAAACACCAGCCCCUUUUCUGGCCUGGCCUGUUGUCAGCAGCGUAUAUGUCCGGGUUGGUGAUUGCAUUCGCAUGCCAACUGAAGCAACAUGUGCUUUCAAAAGGAUGCCAGGAAAUCCGUGAGUGUCUUGAGAUCUUGCAGUCCAUGUCGAAGCAAUGGGAGACCGCAAAACAUUGCCACACGGCGCUAUCGUUUCUGCUUCUGAAUAUACAGCGCAUGAAUCAAUGCCAAGACACCCUUGCCCCAUUCAACUUUGAGGAGAUGGCUUCUCGUCAAUCCGAGUCUUUCAGACAUGAGAAUAGAGGAAGAAGUAAGAGACGAAAGAUCGACCACUCUUCGCACGAAGCUUCUAACGCCACACUAUAUAACGAAAAUGGCAUACAGAAUGAGCACAACACCAUCUUUCCCACUGACACACAGAGCGUCUCAGCCGCACAAGAGCCAUAUAAUUCUCAAGGUCCCAGUAAACCACGACAACCGCUCACAACACAAAACAUAAUUCAGCAGAGACAAUCUGCUACAUACGAAAGUCCGCAUAGCAUUGAUUUGUCCCAAUAUUCACCUCUUCUGAUGUUGGAUGGUAAUAGAGCCGGGGAUCUACAAUGGCCUGGCGCGUCGACAAUGACGACGAAUUUUGAUCUCAAUAUGACAGACCUCUUCCAGGACUCAACAUGGGAUCCUUCACUCUUUGAUGCUUUUGCACAGGGUCAAUUACCGACAGAGCAGGAUCAUGUAUAG